UACCUACCUACCCACCUCCUUCCGCCCUCUGCGUUCUCAGUCCCCGAGGUGUCGCAGCGGCUUGGUACAAAUUCUAGAAACACAUCCCAGUCUCCCCUGCGCUUCCAAUAUGGAGGAACUGACUGUAGAAGUGCGCGGAUCCAACGGAGCUUUUUAUAAGGGAUUUGUCAAAGAUGUGUUUGAAGAUUCGGUUUUCAUUACUUUUGAGAAUAAUUGGCAACCAGCACGUCGGAUACCUUUCUGUGAUGUGAGGUUACCACCCCCAUCUGAUCUCAAAAAGGAGAUAAGUGAAGGAGAUGAGGUUGAGGUUUACUCGAGAGCAAAUGAACAUGAGCCUUGUGGUUGGUGGCUUGCUAAGGUUCGGAUGAUGAAAGGAGAUUUUUAUGUCAUUGAAUAUGCUGCCUGCGAUGCAACCUACAAUGAAAUUGUUACUUUUGAACGAUUGCGUCUAGUGAAUCCGAGUAAGGCAAUUACAAAGAACACAUUCUUUAAGUGCACUGUUGAUGUUCCAGAUGACUUAAGGGAAGCCUGCGCAUAUGAAAAUGCACAUAAAGAUUUUAAGAAGGCAACUGAGGCAGACUGCGUUUUCUAUAAUGCUGACACUGGUCAGUUGUUGGUUUUGUCCACGAAAGAGGCUACAGUGAAGAGAGUUAGCAUCCUUAGUGAUAUGCACUUGCGUAGCAUUCGUACAAAACUCAUGCUUGUGUCCAGAAAUGAAGAGGCAACUAAACACCUGGAGAGUACCAAACAGCUAGCAGCUGCAUUCCAAGAAGAAUUCACUGUCAGAGAGGAUCUAAUGGGACUCGCAAUCGGAACGCAUGGUUCCAAUAUCCAGCAAGCAAGAAAGGUUUCUGGUGUUACAGCAAUUGAACUUGAUGAAGAAACUGGGACAUUCAGAAUUUAUGGAGAGACUGAAGAGGCAGUCCAGAAAGCUAGAAGUUUUCUUGAGUUUGUAGAGGAUUCUGUUCAAGUUCCCAGAGAAUUAGUAGGAAAAGUAAUUGGCAAAAAUGGUAAAGUUAUUCAGGAGAUAGUAGACAAAUCGGGAGUAGUUAGGGUGCGAAUUGAAGGUGAUAAUGACAGCAGGCAACCAAGAGAAGAGGGCAUGGUUCCAUUUACUUUUGUUGGAACAAAGGAGAGCAUUGGAAAUGUGCAAGUUCUUUUGGAGUAUCAUAUUUCUUACCUCAAGGAAGUAGAACAGCUGAGACUGGACCGGUUGCUAAUUGAUGAGCAACUACGUCAGAUUGGUAUGGGGUAUAGGCCAGUGCCAAGUCGGCCAGAGAAAGAUAAGGGUUAUAUCACUGAUGAGAGUACUGCUUCACUGCGUGGUAACAGACCCUAUCGAGGCCGUGGUCGUCGAGGUCCAAAUUACACUUCAGGUUAUGGUACGAACUCUGAAUUAUCAAAUGCUUCGGAGACUGAAUCUGAAAGAAGAGAUGAAUUAAGUGACUGGUCACAGGCUGCUGAUGACGAUCGUGACUCAAGACCACAUCGUGAUAGUCGAAGGCGGCCUACAACAGGGAGAGGUCGAGGUGGUGGACAAUCCAGCAGAGGUCGUGGAGGAGCACGAGGUAGCAGCUCAUCAGUUAGUUCAGUGUUCAAGGAUCCAGAUAGCAAUCCUUAUAGUUUGCUAGAUAAUGCAGAUAACACAGAAACGGACCAAACAGCAGACACUGAUGGUAGUGAAUCUCAUAGCAGCUCAACCCGCCGCAGGAGGUCACGUAGACGAAGAACUGAUGAUGAUGCUACCAUGAUUGAUGGAAUGACAGAAUCAGACAGUGCUUCAGUUAAUGAAAAUGGUUUGGAUGAUAAUGAAAGGAAGCCACAGCGGCGUAAUCGCAGCCGCAGGCGUCGUUUACGUGGUCAGAUUGAAAGCUCUCUGAGUAGAGACAACCAGCCAGUAACUGUAGCUGAUUAUAUAUCUCGAGCAGAAUCUCAGAGUCGACAAAGGGUCCAGCCGAAAGAGAACCUUGCACCCAACAAAAAAGCAGUUACUUUGGUGCAAGACAAUGUACUUGAUGAAUUCUGUCCUGGCAUCAAGACCGUGAAUGGAACAAGCAAUAUUUCUGAAGCCUCUGCAAACAAGGCUUCUAAUUCCAAUGAGAUCCAAAAAAGUGAUUACCAAGGGGCUGUGGUAAAUGGUGUUUCUUAAAAGUUAUCCACAUUAUCGAGUUCUACAUAAAUUACAUUUUCUAACAGUGCUCGUAAAAGCUUGCCAAAGAUUGAGGAAGGACUGCUAGACUUUAUGACGCACUUUUUUUCUAGUUCCUCCAUACUGGAAUGGAGAUGGGAGGGUUCUUGAAUAAAACACUUGUAUGAAUUUGUUUUUCACUUAGUUGAGUUCUCAAUACAUUAUCAGAUGUUGUGCCUUCAGACAGUAGAUGCAAAAUUAAGAGAUAGCUGGUUGUAGGAAUAUGUUUUAAAACAUACAAAGAAAUUUCAGAUUAUUCUGGAGAUGGAGAUCACUGACAUUUACUGUAGUAUGUUAUGGAGUAAAGCAUUGGCUGCUUUUUGUCAAGUUCUCCAAUAUGCAACCACUUUUUCAAGGAAUAAAACAAUAGAAAAAAUGCAGUUUCAAAAUUUUGCACUGAAUUGUAAAUUUAACAUUAGGGAUACUAGUCUGGAAACUGGUCAAUUUUACUAAAUCUCUAAGUUUUUUUAAUGCUGUAUGUAGAGAAAAUUGCAGACCACUGGAGAAUACUUGUUUGCAUCUAUACAUCUGCAGGGACAAUGGGAUGUUGAUGGCAGUGACUAUUUUACAAAGGGCUUGUUUGGUUUAUUUAUUAACUGUACAGUAUUUAAAAAUCAAGCAAUGCUUUAAAUAUUACACUAAACUGGUUGUAGAGGUCAUUGCCAUAAUAAUCCAACUACUGUAAGAUUAAGUUCCAGAGAGACAAUUUUCCAUGUAAACUACAUUGGUUAGAGUGCUUAGAGUAUUUUUAUUUCGUUUUGGUUGAUGUGCAAUAUGUUUUGUAUGGACAUAGUUGAUAAAUAAAGUUUGAUCUUCCAUCUUCUGACAAAAUACAAACAAAUGUUUUCAAAUUUAAUAUUUCUGUAUUACAUUAAUAUUGCAACAAGUGAUUUUCUAUGUGCAAAACUGAGUUUUUUUCUCUCAGAACAAUUUAAGACACUUUCUAUAUAUGCACAUUGAACCAUACAAAAGGGGAACUUGAAGCGGAACAUUCUAGGAUGAGAAUGCAAGAAAAUGGGGAAUCCUGGUGUAUUUUUGAUCUUGUUGCUAUAAUUUUUGGGAAUAGUAGAUUUGUUAGAUUGUAUUCUGGCCACGGUUUAGGAAUUUCCUAGUUCAUUGUAGAGUAGUAGUUAGUAACUGAUACACUCUAAUAAGACAAAGGAAAAUGUACAAAUCCCUCAUCUUAUCCUGGCCUGUUUGAGAAAGAAACUUCCUUGCAUCUUUCUACUUAUUUGUAACAUACCUUCAUAUUCUGGUAAUGAGGUGCACAAUGUGUCUUGAUAUAGAUGAGUUUUUUUUAUUGAAAUCUGAAACUCAGUCAGACCCAUUAUUUAGAAAAUUCAUUAAGAAUUUUGCUCAAAUUAGUCUGUUUAAUUAUGGUUUCUGGCUAUAAUGUGCACUAAUUCUUCCAUGACUCAUUUCUUAUUGUAUAGGUACCACACCCAUUUACUUGGCAUUAUGUCAAUAUAUUUGUUGCCAUAGCAUUGAAGUGCAAUGCUUAUUGGAUAUACUUGCACUCCACAAUCUGCAUUUGCUUGGUGGAAUGAAACAGUGAGAAAUUUCUAAAUCCUCAAACAACCAUCCACAAAUUAAACAUUUUGGUUAACAUAAGAUGUUUCAUUUGAAUAGCAUAGCUCCCCUCUCAGAAAACUAUGUACCAUGCUGAGAUUUGGUUUUAGCUGAAGGAUGAAGUUUGUUUACCUUGUGCAUGGAAUCUGCUCUUUUAUACAAUUUGAAUAACAGUAACCAUUUAAAAGAGAUAAAUUAAUGUGUUUCCCAGUUAUGUUUUAAUACUCAAACAAUGAGAUCUGAUUUAAUGCCAGGAUUCUGCUCUGGGUGAGACUCUACUGCAAAUGAUGUCAGUAUAAUAUACAAAGGAACUUGUGCUUAAGUGCUAACCAAAAACUAAGUAGUAGAUUCUCUCUCAAUUAUCUUAUUGCUGUUUUCAGAUUUUGAAAUGUGCUGUUUAGUAAUUGUUUCUGCUAUUAGUAAGGGUAAUAUAUUUUAACUUGGGUGGAAAACACUUUGGAGUUUACAAAGCCAUGUAACCCUAUAACUAUUACUGAUGCUUGGGCAACUGCUCCCACAUCAUACAUCAGGUUAAACAAGUUCCUUUCCUUUCUCUGGGGCUUUAGUGUUCUAUUUUACAAUGACUAUACUUUCCAAUAAACUGCUUUUUAUAUUUUCUUGACCAUCACCUCUUUCUAAAUAUUGAAGUGAAGAACAUGUACUUCAAGUUUCUUUUCUAAUUCAUUGUAUGUUCUAUCUUACAUUUUGAGUGUUUACAAAUAGAGUACUUAACUUUGAUAACAAUUGCUUAUGGUGAACUAUGUGUAAUUUAACUUUUUGGAGAAAUGCCUUGCAUCAACAAACUCAUUCUAAGAAGCUGUGCCCUGGUACUUCCUGUAGCCCAUGGCAGUAAUUAGUCUGAAGAACAAACUAAGGCUACAUCCACAUUACGCCACAUAAAUCUGUAACCGAAGCUUUUUCUCUUCGUUAUUACCCUCCAUACACACUAAAAUGGCGUUUUAGUCCCCCAAAAAUGGAGCUUUUCAGAAACGCUUUCCAGGGUGGGUUAUUUUUGAAAAUGCUGCUCGGGCAGAUCAGUGUGGACAGCGUAACCGGAGACUUCUGAAAACACUAUCAGAUGGCAGUGCGUUAUUUCAUUGUUUUCUUGAAUGCAACCUAACAAUUUCAGAACAGAUGGCAAAGACUGAAGCUAGAAGAGUUAGAAAUUACUCACCAAAUACUUUGACCCAUAACUUACUGAAUAAGUGUACUGUACUCAUUUUGCCGUUUUCUGUCCUUGCUCAUAUGAAGGUGGUUUACCUAUUUAUGCAAGUACUUCUCUGACAAAUCUAGAUGUGUAACAGCCCAAUGUAACAUUGUAUGGAAAUACAAGAUAACACUGAUGCAGACAUGUUUUAUACAUUUAACAAGGUGCUUUAUUAAUGCAACAGAGUUGGUCAGUUUUUCAAUAUUCGUUGUCAGUCGGGUCAAUCUGUCAUUGAACUCCGUUGGUUGCCGUUGUAUGCUCCAGUAUGUUAUUUUUUAGUUUUAAGUUCUCCUGCGUGAGAGCCAACAGCUGUCCAUCGUUUUAAGUUUUUCUAGUCUGUAACUACACGAAUGCGUACUUUUACAGUGAGAUUCGACACCAAACACGUCGCUUGUUUUCGGUAGAUGUGUCCUGCGCAGGAGGAGGAGAUUCGCCAAAAUCUGUUUGUGUGGAUAGAGAUAUUUCCAAAAACGCAUAGUGUGGAUGCCUAUCGUUUUUACUCAACUGGCGUUUUCAAAAUUAUCCGGUCUAGUGUGGAUGUAGCCUAAUUUAAUGCUUGUAUCAGUUUUUAAAAUUUAUGCUCUUACAUAUUUAUAGGCAGCUUUUAUAUUACAAAUGAAGAAGAAGAAAGCCCUUACUCCAAGUGGAGUCAUCGGGCUGCCGUCGUGACAGCAUUGUUUUUUAAGCAGGCUUUCUUAUUUUUAUAAGGCAGAGUUGCUAGUUUGACACUCAACCCAGCACGGAUGGAAAACAUGCAAAGGAGCUGGCUGGAUUCGAACUUGGGACCUUUCGCUCUGAAGUCUGGCGCUGAUGCCACUACGCCACCAACCGGCCAUUACAAAUGAGAAAAGUCAAUUAAUUUUGUCAUAUUAGACCAUAAAACAUUGGAGUAGAAUUAGGACAUUCAGCUUAUUAAGUCUGCUCCAGCAUUCAAUCAUGUCUGAUUUGUUUUUAAUCCCUCUCAACCCCAUUCUACUUUCUUCCUAUAACCUAACAUAGAACAUCAAAAUCUACAGCACAUUACAGGCCCUUCAGCCCACAAUGUUGUGUCAACCAUGUAACCUCUAGAAACUGCCUAGAAUUUCCCUGGUGCACAGCCCUUUAUAUUACUAAGCUUCAUGUGUACCUAUCCAAGAGGCUCUUAAAAGACACUAUUGUAUCUGCUUCCACCUCCGCUGCCAGCUGUGCAUUCCAUGCACCCACCACUCCGUGUGGAAAAAUUUACCCUGACAUCCCCUUGGUACCUAUUUCCAAGCCCUAUGUGUUAGCUAUUUCAGUCCUGAGAAAAAGUGUCUGGCUACCCACAUGAUCAAUAUGCCCCUCAUCAUCUUAAACAGUUUCAAGGAGAAAAGACCAAGUUCACUCAACCUAUUCUCAUAAGGUAUGACCUCCAGUCCAGGCCACAUCUUUGGAAAUCUCUGCACUCUCUCUAUAGCAUCCACAUCCUUCAUGUAAGGGUACCAGAACUGAACACAGUACUCCUAAUGGGGUCUGAGCAAGGUCUUGUAGAGCUGUAACAUUACCUCAGGGCUCUUGAACUCAAUCCCAUGGUUGAUGAAUGCCAACACACCACAUGCCUUCUUAACAACACCGCCAACCUACACAGCAGUUUUGAGUGUCCUAUGAACACAGACAGCAAGAUCCCUCCAAUCCUCCACACUGCCAAGAGUCUUGCCAUUAUUCUGUCUUCAAAUUGGACCUACCAAAAUAAACCACUUAACACAUCUAGGUUGAAGUCCAUCUGCCACUUCUCAGCUCAGUUAUGCAUCCAAUUGAUGUCCUGCAGGCAAUCCACAACAUCCCUAGCAUUUGUGUUACAAACCCACCUUUCUACGACUUCAUCCAGGUCAUUUAUAAAAAUCACAAAGGGGAGGAGUCCCAGAACAAACCAACUUCUGUUUUAAAUUUACUUAAUGAUUUGGCCUCUACAGCUGUCGGUGGCAAUGAAUUUCAGAGACUCACCACCCUCU